AUGUACCUUAUAGGCAAGACUGGCCGUAUCAACUUCAACCUCUACGAGAAGGAUGUCCCUAAGACCGCCCGGAACUUCCGUGAGCUCUGCACUGGUAAAAACGGAUUCGGAUACAAGGGCUCUGGCUUCCACCGUGUCAUUCCCCAAUUCAUGCUUCAGGGUGGUGACUUCACCCGCCACAACGGCACUGGUGGCAAGUCCAUCUACGGUGAGAAGUUCCCCGAUGAGAACUUCGUCCACAAGCACACUCGCCCCGGUCUCCUCUCCAUGGCCAACGCUGGCCCCAACACCAACGGCUCUCAGUUCUUCAUCACCACCGUUGUUACCAGCUGGCUCGACGGCAAGCACGUUGUCUUCGGUGAGGUUGCUGACGAGGAGUCCAUGAAGGUUGUCAAGGAGAUUGAAGCUCUCGGCAGCGGCAGCGGCAAGCCCAAGGCAUCUAUUCAGAUCGUCAACUCUGGUGAUGGAAAGCUGUAG